AUGGUCAUGCACGGUACAGUUGACGGUAACCUGGCCGACUGUAUGUUCGGCACCUUUGCGUCUACAGAUCAAGCCUGGAUGUGGCGCAGUUCCCACAUUAAUGACCGACUUGACGAUGCUCGAGUCCUUGCCACUAUCCGAGGACCCACUCGUAAAGACCCGUUCCGGUUCCUAGGCAUCAAGUGGUUUGCUAAAGAGCAUCCUGCGAUUCUAUCGACUAUUGUACAGCAACGUGACUUCCUCGUCAUGGAAGCGACAGGGCUUACGCAUGACUCCAAAGGAGACACAGUUGGCUACUAUCUCAUGCAUUCCGUCGCGUUACCAGGCGUUCCGGAGCUCUCCGACAUGGGGAUCAUCCGUGGACAAGUGAGUCUCUGUUACAUCGAUCGACAGAGCGGGUCUGGUAAAGUAGAACUAUUUUGUCGUGGAUUUAGCGAUCCUCGUGGUGAGAUGCAUGAUCGCGUAUCCGUAGCAAUCGCCUCAGAGGCGCUUAUCUGUGCUGCUGGUGUUGUCGACUAUGCCUACAUCAAGAAGCUCACGUGGCUUAUGAAGCACAAGGGCCGUCAUCGAGAUAUCGAUGAGAAUCGUCCUACUCGCUGCGAGACGUGCGAUAAGAGCUUCACAAAGUUCUCGUUGACUGGUGCUGGGGUGGGCGCCCCGUGCCGGAUCUGCAGUCUUGUGGUGUGUAGCAAAUGUAGUGUCAUCAAGAAGAUGACUGUGGACGUGUCGAGUGCUGGAUCAGUCAAGCAGUGCGCCCUUCGAUUUUGUUUAACCUGUCUGCUGGAAGCGAAGGAGAAAUCGGUUUGGGAAAUGGCGCUGAGCGGCGUUGAAACGUCAUCGGAAUGCUCGUCGGCUUCCGGCUCAACUCGAGUUGCGUCGUGUCUGUAA